UUGUGAGACGGGUAGGCAUGCUGGCCAGCUCUCGCCUUUUCAGGCCAGUAGAAGAGAGAGAAAGAAAUGGCCUAGCUAGCUUUUGUCCAUCUCUUGGAUUCCCUGCUCAUUCCAGUUAGGGGACACUACUGUCUGCACCUUGUAAAUCCCUCAAGAGCAGUCAGUUCAGGCACAUUAUCAUCUCUGUAUUUGGGAAAGAAAACUGACGACAACAAGCCUGAUCAGCCAGUUUGUUCCAGUUUUGAACGACAUGGGGUGUGUUCUGUUGUAGUUUCAGCAAAAGUGAAAUUGAACAUAUCAGAGUGAGAGACAGAGUCUGUAAAAUGGAGGCUAAAGCUUUGAUUCCUGAGGACGAGCUCUGUUGCUCUGUAUGUUGUGAUAUUUUUAAAGAGCCUGUUGUCCUGAAAUGCAGCCACAGCUUCUGUGGAGUGUGUGUGAAGCAGUACUGGGAAGAGAAGGGCUCUCGAGAGUGUCCCAUCUGCAGGAGAAAGGCCUCUAUGGAUAAUCCUCCGGCAAACCUGGCCUUAAGAAGCAUUGUGGAGUCCUACUUAAAGCAGAAGACUGAGAGAGAAACUACCGACACAAGUAAUGCUCGCUGCAGUCUUCAUGGGGAGAAACUUCUAUUCUUCUGUGAACAUGACAAAGAGCCUCUCUGUGUCGUCUGUCAGACUUCAAAAAAACACAGAAACCACCCGGUCUGUCCAGUGGAAGAGGCCGUACUGGAGCUGAAGGAGGAACUCAACCCUGCACUUAAUCUUAUAAAAGAAAAACUGAAGAGGUUUACUGAGGUUGAACAAGGAUGUAAGGAAACAGCAGAACAUAUCAGGAGUCAGGCCCAGCACACAGAGAGGCAGAUAAAGGCAGAGUUUGAGAAGCUCCACCAGUUCCUGCGAGAGGAAGAGGAGGCCAGACUAGCUGCUCUGAGGGAGGAAGAGGAGCAGAAGAGUCAGAUAAUGAAGGAGAAGAUAGAAAACAUCACAGGGCACAUAUCCACCCUUACAGACAAAAUCACAGCUAUAGAGAAGGCCAUGGACACUGAAGACACCUCCUUUUUACAGAGCUAGAAGAACAUCAAGGAAAGGUAUGUAGACUCUGACCUAUUUUCUAGUGUCUGUUUAUGUAUCUUCAAACCCUAAAUCUGGGGCGACAUAGCUCAGGAGGUAAGAGCGGUUGUCUGGCAGUCGGAGGGUUGACAGUUUGAUCCCCGCCCUGGGUGUGCCGACGUGUCCUUGAGCAAGACACUUAACCCCCAAUUGCUCCCAACGAGCUGAUUGGUACCUUUCAUGGCAGCCUUUCACCGUUGAUGUGUGAGUGUGUGUGUGAAUGGGUGAAUGAGAGGCAUCAAUUGUAAAGCGCUUUGGAUAAAAGGAUAAA